ACCCACCCAGGGACCCUGCUGGACAUGCCAUUGACAGGGCUGCUCUCCAAUCUUCAGGUGGAGGUCCAAACUCCAGACAUCAGUGAGAAUCUGCAGGCAGCUGCAAGAAUGGCUUAUGAAGGACUAGACAUCAGUUCUCUACGGUCACUGGAUGAUAGCAUUUCCGAGAGAGCACACACAUCAAAGUGCCUCUUUUACAGUGUUCUUAGGAGAGGCUCUGAGCAUGUUGGUGUUAAUCUCCUCCCUCCAGUAUUCAUCAAGACGUCAGAGCAAUCUAAUUUGUGCCUUCCAUGUGAAGGAAUCAGAGCCCUCACAGACUCAGAACACGAGUCUGACUCUGACACUGAACGUUACGAGAAGAUCAGUGACUGGGUGGGGGCAGAGUCACUCUCUGCUGAAGACGCAGUUCCCCUCACUCCUCUCCUCCGCUCCUCUUCACAGACCUCCGACACACCUACUCUCUCCGUUGGCUCCCAGUCCUACCACAUGACACCUCUCUCUUCAGCCUCUCCUUCACUCUCUUCUGGAUUCCAUUCCCUCUCUGGUUCAAACAAAUUUCCUCCUGUUCAAAACUGCCUUGUUCGGCCUAUCCCCUCCCCUCCCUCUGAUAGCGGCCAUGCAGAUGAAGACUAUGAGAUGAUGGAGUCCCCCACACCACCUUCUCUCCCUGAACACAGAGAACCGGCUACCCAGAAUGGAGAUGGUUUUGUCGAUGUACCUAGCCUCAGGAGGACCCUGAGAAUGCUAGAAGAUCGCAUCGUUCCCCUCGAGAAGAAGGUGGCUGAACACCAGCAGCUCCAGGCACUGGUUCGGACACUGUCACUCAGAAUUUUCAAACUUGAGAAGCAGCUGAUGCCAAGCACUACCCCAAGUACCCACAUGGCAUCUGUGACAGCGAGAGCAGCAAAUGUGUCUUACCUUUGCUCUUUGAGCCCUUCGCAGGUGCUUGAACUGCUGGAUGCUAUGAGACUCUCCCACUACAAGCCAACCUUUCAUUACAUGGGACUCUCAGGGAAUCAACUAAGCCGUUACACUGAGCAGCAAAUGGAGAGCCGUCUUGGCGUCAUUCCACCAACUGACAGACAGGCACUGAUGAGACUCAUCAGUGGCUCAAUAUCUGCCCACGACCUGCUUGUUAAUCACCUCUCAAGUGGUGAAAUGUAAAUUGCCUUUAUUGCCUGCAUACUAUCAGUGGAUAUGUACUGUCAUCUCGUUGUAGAUUCCUAUGUGUUGUGUAUCACCAAUGGUGACAUCACUACUCCCAAUUUCUUUUGUUUUG